AUGAUCGAUGAGAACGAGAACUUUGUUGCGUGUCUUGCUCUUUCCAUGCACAAACGGGAUCCGAAGUGUUCCGAAUCUUGUCCAGGCAAAGACGACCUGUCCAUGUCGGGUUUCAUGCAGCUCAUGGAUGCCAAGUCAGAGGUCAAGAUGCGGCCUGGGUACAUGGUCACCAUAGGCUCGAGCAUCAAUGACCUGAGCCCACCACGGCGCUGCGCUGCACCGAAAGCCUGCCCUGGAAGAUCUUUGCCGGACGAGCGCUUUUCCAUGUGUGCGGAGUCAUGGCUGCGAGUGAUGCCAGAAACGAGCACGGCGGACCUCGAAGCUCGAAGUGUUGGCGUUCCGUGCCGGAAGGCUAUGCUGGGGGCGGGUGCCUGCACUGUGAUGGCGCGACCCAUGCUGCUGCUGAUGGACGAAGCCUUUCUUGCACGAAGUGUGGAGUCGGUGGCUUGGCUUAUUUCAAGUCCCGUCAGCAUGGAAGGUCGGGAUUCCCUGCCCAUGGAGAUGGCUUAUCUCACAGCCAAGAUGCUGGGAAUCUUCGCGAUCGCUCUCUUGGGAGGCUUUACUCAGAAGGACGAGGAGACGACCACGAGCAGUAUCCUCCUGAACCAGCUCAUGGCUUUCAGCGCCGCGGGUCUCGUCGCAGUGGGAGCUGCUGCAGACACGACGGCGGCCCGAGCAGACGAGACUCUGGGCCGCAUGCUCGAGAUGGCCCGGCAGGUCUUGGCCAUGUCCCAGGCGGAUUUGGGCCUGACCUCCUUCGAGUGUAUUUUGAGCUCUGCUGGCCGGGCCUCCUCGAUGGGCGUCGCGCAAGUCCUAUCCACGGCCCUACCCACACUGGUGAUGCUCAGCGCUGGCAUGCGAUACCCAUACCUGGCCCUGGUGGCUGGCAGCAACUGCUUCCUACCCGGUUUCGCCGCAAGCCUCGGAAAGUUUGUGGUGGUUGUCCCAGACGUGGAAGUGGAAGAGACAGGAGAGAAAUCGCAGCUGGUCAUGCCUGACUUACCCCAAACCUUCACUGCGACCACCGGCGUGAUGUUCUUUGGCGGGUUGAUCUUGCUCUGCUUCGCUGCGGUGGGGGUAGGCUGGUCCUAUCUCGCAGUUAUGACCAAGGAGUCGCCAACGCCGGCCCACGUGUCCUACCUUCGAAGCGCCUUCAACACAGACCACUCAGCUGCUGAAGUGGAGAGAAUGGUGCUUGGACGGCAACCGGCAUGCUUUGGCAUAGGCUUGGAAAGCCCAGAACUAUGA